AUGGCUGAGAGCACCACGGUGGCAGUCAUAGGUCUCGGACCUGGGGGCCUCGCAGCGCUCAAGAAUCUAAGAGAAGAAGGCUUCAACGCCAUUGGCUUUGAUCGCAAUGGCUACGUGGGCGGCCUGUGGCAGUACUCGACACAGGAGCAGACAUCCGUCAUGGAGACAACCGUUGUCAACAUCUCCAAAGAGCGGGCAUGCUUCACAGACUUUGCAUUCCCUGAUCAUGUCCCUUCACAUCCAACGGCUCCGCAAGUACAACAGUACUUGAUAGCCUACAUGGAGCAUUUCAAGCUCCAGCCCUAUCUCCGGCUGGGUGUGUGCAUUCAUCAGCUUACCUUUGACGAGGAACAGCAGAGAUGGGUGGUUGCCAUCGAAGGGCAGGGUAAGCAGUACUUUGACAAGGUUGUCAUCGCAAAUGGCGGUAUGGUUGCAAAGGCAAACAUGCCAGCUAUUGAGGGCAUUGAGAAGUUUCGUGGCACUAGCAUGCACUCCCAAGCUUUCAAGCAACCAAAAGACUUUGAAGGAAAAAGAGUCAUGGUGGUUGGCUUCAGCAACAGCGCCGCCGAUACGGCGACCCAACUCGUGGGCCAUGCAGCCAAAGUGUAUGUGGCGCAUCGGCAUGGGGCAAGAAUCAUUCCACGAUGUUUUGACGGCGUUCCCCUAGAUCAUCCAUACAGCCUGCGCAUCUUCACCAUACAGAGUCUGAUUACGAGAUUCUUCCCACGGCUUGGCGAUAGGCUCCUGGACCGUGUCUUCAAGCAGAUGCAGGACAGGAGUUUCCAUACCCGUCCUGAGUGGCGACUGGAGCCAGCGGGAAAAGUGCCACUGAUAUCUGACAGCCUGGUUUCAUGUCUAGAAGAGGGCAGCGUUCUGUCUGUUGCGGGGAUUCGACGAGUCUUGUCUGAGACGAAAGUCGAACUUCAGGACGGAACCAGCGUCGAAGUCGACGCCAUCGUAUGGUGUACCGGGUACAAGUCCGACUUCAGCAUGGUUGAGCCGCGAUUUGACCCAACAUGCCACCCUCAGCGGUGGCUGGAGGCACCCGGGUCCAACGGCAAAUCCCUCUUCCGGCUGUACCUCAACGUCUUUUCCUUGGAGAAGCCCGACAGCCUGGCUUUUCUGGGAAACGUGCACUUCGCCUUGGGCGGUUUUCAAAUUUUCGACAUGGCGUCCAUGGCAGUGGCGCAGGUUUGGGCCAACAAGUCGGCACUGCCUGGGCGUCUCGCCAUGAAAGCUGCAGUGGACAAGCACCACGAAUGGCUUGCUGACCAGGCACACGACAGUCCCAACCUCUCGCCGGGCAUGUGUGAUGCAGGCGUGUGGGUGAAGGCCAUGGACAGCCUGGCUGGAACCGGGGUGCACGACUAUCUGGGCUAUGGGUGGAAAGGGUGGCUGUUCUGGCUGCGGGAGAGGAAGCUGUGCAACCUCAUCAUGGGUGGCAUCUGGAGCCCGCACAUCCACCGUCUUUUCGAGGGCAAGAGGAAGUGCUGGGAGGACCAUGACCCCAUGGCCGCGACAGUGACAGCGCAACGCGGCCACUGCACCGCAUGCUCGUGUAUAUACUGCCGCCCGCCCAAUCACAGCACCCUCGGUUUGGCCAACAGUUGGGGACGGCGCAACCACAACCGACUUCAGCAGCUUCGAUUGCUUUCGACGCGCAGCCCCGCGCCAGCAUUGAACCACACGCUGCACGGCUCGUGUGCCUGCGGACGCAACCGCUAUGUGAUCGAGAUACCGCCACAGCAGGUCCGCCUAGCCGAACUGCGAUACGACAACACCCCUUCAUCGCGAUACCAUGCCGCCAGCCCCCUCACUCUCUGGCUGCGCGUGCCUCUGCCAUGGUACACGUCGGCCACGUUCGCCCAGUUUCCGGACGAGACACGACUGAGCAUCAAGCGCAACUUCGAGUCGCCCUUUGCAUCCCACACUCGGCGCCAGUUCUGCGGCUACUGCGGAACCCAGCUCUCGUCGUGGAAUGAGCGCACGCGCGACGAGGCCGAGCACAUCUCCCUGACGGUCGGAAGCUUACUGGACGAAGACCAGGAGCUGCUGAGCCAUCUUGGCUUCCUGCCCAGCAGCGACAGUAGCGACGACGAGACGGCCCCAGCUGGCCCCUCGCGCACAACCGCUUCGCGUACCGUCGCUCGUUCAGGCCCCCAGUCUCGCGGCGCUCCCUGGUUCGAGGAGAUUGUGCGCAACACACGCCUUGGACGCUUCAAGCAGCAGCGCGGCGCACACACGGACAACGGCGUCCAUGUCGAAUGGGAAGUCACCGAGUGGACCGAAGGCGAUGUGCUCGACGCCGACGACGACGAGGGCACCGCCACGCCCAGCAAGCGCAAGAUUGGCGACAUCGACGAUGCCGAAGACACGGAGAUGCGCAGUGCCUGAGCCUCGCCUUCUCUUUUGCUCGUUUUUGCACGCGACAUGACUUGACAUUUGCAACGACACUAGAAUCGACGUCGCUCACGCUCGACGGGACGAAACAAUUAGUAAUGAAUGGUCCUCUGGCAGGGCGACAUGGGCUCGGAGUUGCAGGUGCGUUUACUUUGUACAUUCUAUCGAAAGACUCGGAAUGGCGCUUAUUCACCUCACCUUGUUUGUAACCUAACGUAGCAUGCUUCAUUUUGCAAGUCCAGCAAAUCU